AAAACAAUCGGAAUCGGGCAGGUGUGAUUGACAGUUACACACACCGCACAUAUGAUUGAAUAGUAGGAAAAGAGUCACGAACCACGUUUCCAUCCUCCAAUAGGCCGCCUAGACAGACUACUAUACUUGUUUUGUGCGACUCGUCACUUUUCUCUCACAACUAAUCCCAAUUCACCAUUCCAUUAUUCCAUCACAACUGUGAAUCGAUCCAUGGAGAUGAAGCCCAAGACGAAGAUUGUGUGCACGCUGGGCCCCGCAUCUCGCUCGAUUUCGAUGACGGAGAAGCUCCUCAGAGCCGGCAUGAACGUCGCCCGAUUCAAUUUCUCACACGGAUCUCAUGAGUAUCAUCAGGAGACUCUCGAUAAUCUCAGGGAUGCUAUGGAUAAUACCGGUAUUCUCUGCGCUGUUAUGCUCGAUACCAAGGGUCCAGAGAUACGGACAGGGUUUCUGAAAGAUGGAAAGCCUGUUCAACUGAAGCAAGGUCAGGAGAUCACCAUCUCAACUGAUUAUACCAUAAAGGGUGAUGAAAAUAUGAUCUGCAUGAGUUACAAAAAGUUAGCAGUGGAUGUGAAGCCAAACAGUGUGAUACUCUGUGCUGAUGGCACCAUCUCAUUUACUGUUCUGUCAUGUGACGUAGAAAAGGGAACUGUUCAAUGUCGCUGUGAGAAUACCGCAGUUCUUGGUGAGAGAAAAAAUGUGAAUCUUCCUGGGGUAAUUGUGGAUCUCCCAACCCUAACAGAGAAAGACAAGGAAGAUAUUUUGAAAUGGGGUGUCCCCAAUAAAAUUGAUAUGAUUGCAUUGUCAUUUGUCCGUAAAGGUUCAGACCUAGUGGAGGUCCGAAAAUUGCUUGGCGAACAUGCAAAAAAUAUUCUUCUGAUGUCUAAGGUUGAAAAUCAAGAAGGGGUAGCUAACUUUGAUGAAAUUUUGGCCAACUCUGAUGCCUUUAUGGUUGCACGUGGUGACCUGGGAAUGGAAAUUCCAAUUGAAAAGAUAUUCUUAGCUCAGAAGGUGAUGGUCUACAAGUGCAACAUCCAAGGUAAGCCUGUAGUGACAGCAACACAGAUGUUGGAGUCAAUGAUUAAAUCUCCCAGGCCAACUCGAGCAGAAGCUACUGAUGUUGCCAAUGCAGUUCUUGAUGGCACAGACUGUGUGAUGCUUAGUGGGGAAACAGCAGCUGGCGCCUAUCCAGAACUCGCAGUUGCAACAAUGGCCAAGAUAUGUGUAGAAGCAGAAAGCACAAUCGACUAUGCCGAUGUUUUUAAGAGGAUAACAGCAAAUGCCCCUGUGCCCAUGAGCCCAUUGGAAAGCUUGGCUUCCUCUGCUGUUCGAACAGCCAAUGCCUCAAGGGCUGUCCUUAUUUUGGUUUUAACUAGAGGAGGAAGUACAGCCAAGCUGGUGGCAAAAUACAGACCUGGAAUGCCUAUUUUGUCUGUGGUAGUCCCUGAGAUCGAGACUGAUUCCUUUGAUUGGACAUGCAGUGACGAAUCUCCAGCAAGGCACAGUCUUAUAUUCAGGGGAUUGGUACCUGUAUUGUGUGCAGGAUCUGCAAGGGCUUCUCAUGCAGAAUCAACUGAAGAAGCACUGGACUUUGCUUUGCAGCAUGCAAAGACAAAAGGUCUCUGCAAGGUAGGAGAUGCUGUAGUGGCCCUACAUCGUGUUGGAACUGCAUCCGUGAUCAAGAUUGUCACCGUGAAGUAAUGCGUUCUCAAUUUGGUGUUGAAUUUAUGCUGAUUGAUAGUUGUGUUAGCAACCUAUUUUUGCCUCGUCUGAUCUAAAACAGAACUUUCACUAUGAUCAGUAUUGUUCAGUUGAAAUUUUGGUUUCAACAUUUUUCAUUGUUGGCCUGCAUAAUUUACUUCCAUGUGUUGAUGGAAGCAGACUUAUUUAUUCGAUGUAGAAACUCUACUGAUAUAUACAGGUACCUUUGAGCAAUAAUUGAAGUUUUUGUUUUACUGUGAA